AUGUCGGGCGGUGCUAAAUCUUCAUCAGGAACGGCCCGUGAGCUUCUUUGCAGUCGUUGCUACAAGCGAGAGUCGUGCGUGCAAUGUUGCGGCACUCGCUACUGCCUCCGGCACUUCCACACCAGCAACCACUCAAGCGACCACCCGCAGAAAGCGAUCGUCAUGAACCGAAGAGCGCUUGACGACCAGCUCCCAGCUUUUCGCGAGAUGUGGAGGGAGGCGUUCCAAUCAGUCGCAAACGACGUGGGUCGACUGUCGCGAGACGUUAGCAAGAGGGUCGAGGAUGACCCCCUAGCCUCGAUCGGCAUGGCCCUGAAACCGGUACGAAACGGGAAGAAUCCGGAACGAAACGGCAAGAACCCGGAACACCGGUCGUUGGGGUCAGCUUCGUCGGCGACAAAACGGCGGCGGAAGGAGGAACUGGAGAAAGAGGUAGCGGCGGCGGCGGCAGUGGAUCCGUUCGCUCGACGAAGAACCCGACCAAAAAGCUACUGGGCCGUGGGACACGAGUUAGACGCCCCCGAAGAGGCCGAGGGGUCUGCGGCAGACGAGAGGGCCGCGGCAAUCGCCGCCGCCGCCCCCCGCGCGGGUGAGUACCAGUGCGAGUCGUGCGAAUCCGACAACACCAGCUUUGACAUCAUUGGCGGGGCGGCUGUCGGGACUCGGAAGGCGGAGACCUUCGGCAAGAAGGAUGCUCCCGAGCUGAUCCUCAGGGUGUUGUGUCACGCAUGCGGCAAUAACUGGCUCGAAGAGCGAUAGUAGCAUCGAGGGCGUGACAUAUUGUAGCAUCGCAUUGUGUGUGUGUCUCU